GUCAAUUGGUCGUUGACACAAAAAGAAAUUACUUUGAGACACCAUUCUACUUUUCGUGAGUUAGACGUAGCUAGAGCUGUUGCUUAUUUUUAUCUACGUAAAGUGCUCCACUUGUGCUGUAAAAAAUGGAUUUGAAGAAUUUAAAAUCAGUUUUUAUCAUCGCUGAAAUUGGACAAAAUCACCAGGGUGACAUUGUGACGGCAAAAGAAAUGAUUCUUGAGGCAUCGCGUGCUGGCGUUGAUUGUGUAAAAUUUCAAAAGUCGUGUCUUGAAGCAAAAUUUACGAGAAAUGCUCUAAAUAGACCGUAUAAUUCACCACAUUCUUUUGGCUCAACGUACGGCGAACACAAAAGAUUUUUGGAAUUUACGAUUGAGCAGUUUAAGGAAUUGAAGGAUUAUGCUGAAUCAUGUGGAUUAGUAUUCAGUGCUUCAGCUAUGGAUAUUGUUUCAUUUGAUGAGCUGAAGCAAUUGGAUUUGCAAUUUAUCAAAAUCGGUUCGGGCGAUACGAAUAAUAUACCGUAUAUGCGGCAUAUAGCAAAACAAAAUGUUCCAUUGAUUGUAUCCACUGGAAUGCAAACAGAAGAUACAAUUACAAAGGUUUACAACAUCCUCAACGAUGCUAGUGCCAAUUUUGCCCUUCUUCACUGUAUAUCAUCAUACCCAACAAAAGUCGAAGACACCAAAUUGAAUUACAUUUCUCGUUAUCGAAAAUUAUAUCCCAACAUAUCCGUUGGUUAUAGCGGUCACGAAAUUGGCUACGAAUCCUCAUGCUUGGCAAUCUUGAUGGGAGCAAAGAUUUUGGAGCGACAUUUUACGCUCGAUAAAAAUCAAAAGGGAUCAGAUCAUUGUUUAUCUUUAAACCCAAAAGAACUCCAUACACUUGUCGAUAAAGUUCGUCUGAUUGAAAGAAAUCCAAAUGUCAUCCAACUAUCUUCAUCCGUAAUGUCCAAUGAUUUACUCAAUUCUGUAACGAAAUUGAAUUUGUUUGAAAGUCCAAUGGGAUUUAUUACAAAGGCAUGCCAGCCGAACAACAUACCGAGAUCAAUUUUUCCAUGUGAGUUAAUGUGCAAACAAAAAUUGGGCAAAAGUCUGAUUUACACACGAGAUUUGAAAAAAGGACAGCAUAUAGUUGAAAGUGAUAUUGGCGUGAAAGUAAGUGAACCUAAUGAAAUCCCCGCGGAAUUUUAUGACAACAUCAUUGGAAAGGUUCUGAUGCGUGAUGUGUUUUAUGAUGAUCCAGUUAUGGAGUGUGACACGUUGGACAAUAGCAUGUAGAUGAUACUGUCUAUGAAAAUGAAAGUGUUGACGUGUUCAUGUCACACAAAAUUCUCUCGUAUGCUUGACAAUGAACUUCUAUAUUUGCUAUACUAUUUUUGGAUAUAAUGAUAAAUGUAAGAUAAACGCUGAGAAUAAAUAAAUGUUUAUU